AUGCAAAUCCACAAGAAAAAGAGAAAGUUUGAAAUGGGAAGACAACCAGCCAUAACUAAACUCGGAAAGAAAAAAACACUAUUAAACUAUCCUUGGCAGUCCGAAAGUGUGUCCUUCAAAACAAAAAACUAUAAUACUGUAUACAAUGCUACCAAUAACGAGCUCACCAGAACUAAGACCCUUGUCAAGAAUGCUAUUGUCCAAAUUGAUUCAACUCUAUUCAGAAACUGGUACUUCCAACAUUAUGGUAUUGACUUGUCUGGUAAGGCAGCCACCAUCAAGAGAUCAGGCCACGCCAAGGAUAAGCUCAAGGCCACGCCAAGGAUAAGCUCAAGGCCAAGCAAGAAAAAAGAACUAUUGACUAGAAAGUCGCAAAUAUGAUUGCUAAAGGUAAAGUGCUUGCUGCAAUCUCCUCAUGAUCAUGACAGUCUGGAAGAGCUGCUGGAUACCUUUUGUAAAGAAAAGAACUUUAAUUCUACCUUAAGCAGAUGGAAAAGAAAAAUAAUCGCUACAAUUUUUCCUAAGGAUUAUGCCCACAAUUACUCUUGUCUUUAUGCUUCGUCUGACAGUAAAUACAUAAAAGAAUUUGUUUAG